GAGAAUUGGAAGCUGUUUCCGAUUCCCAAUGCGUCAAGCGAAAAGUCAAUAUCUUCAUCGGUUAUUCACAUGUACGAGUCUUCUUGUCACAAUAGAAUCGAAACCAUUACUGGUUAGAGACAAAUUCAGAUAUCUUUUAUAUUUGCUGGCUGUCUUUGCAGGCCUGGCAACCGUUAGACAUUAUAUGGGCGCUAGUUCAUCCCAUGAGAUGGACCCUCCAGCGAUAGUUCAACCCUUGAAGGAACACACAGCUACCUUAAUAUUUCUGCAUGGACUUGGUGACAGAGGAACUGGUUGGGCUACUGGUCUAGCAUCUUUGAAAUUGCAACAUAUAAAAUGUGUCUGUCCACAUGCACCUAUAAGACCUGUUACACUAAAUGCUGGUAUGCGUAUGCCAUCUUGGUUUGAUAUCAUUGGCCUUGAUUCUAGCAGUCCACAAGAUGUUGAGGGCAUCAAAGAAGCCUCAGAAAUGUUGCAAGGAUUGAUAGAGAAUGAGGUUAAGAUUGGCAUUCCAAGAAACCGCAUCUUCAUUGGUGGCUUUUCUCAGGGUGGAGCAGUUGCCCUUUACACAGCUUUUGCAGUCAACAAGCCUAUAGGUGGGGUAAUAGCACUUAGCACUUGGAUGCCAUUGCACAGGACUCUGGCCAAGCGAACUGGAUCUUCAUGCCUCUGCUGUCGAACUAAAACAAAAUAUCUUCUUGUUUUUAAAGAACCCAAAUACAAUCGAGACGUCCCUGUGCUGCAGUGUCAUGGUACAUUGGAUCCACUAGUUAGAUUCUCCUGGGGCCAAGAAACUAGCACUUUCAUUCGUUCUUUUAAUCCAAACCUGACUUUUAAGGCCUAUGACAACAUGAUGCACAGCUCCUGCCCUGAGGAAAUGCAGGAUGUCAAAGUGUUUCCUGGAGAAGCAUUUAGGAUCUUGAUGCCAGUGCCUCCUGCCAACAGACAGAUGGAUAUCGUUAAAUGCCAGAUUCUCCACUGGUUUUUUCAUUCCUUUAAUUCUCAGCGAAGGACAUCACCUCUUUCAGUAUAUCUUGUAGCAUUACAAAGUGGCAUGUGUGCAAGUAUGAUCACAUCUCCCUAGACAUUGCCUCAGCUUUCUGAAACUAUGUUGCUUUCUGCCCACCUUUUAAUGAGGUUUUAUGGGAUAAAUUUUCCAUUCUUACUUUCUCACCGAAAACUCAAUGAGUGUCUGUUACUAUGCACACAGCCUGCAGAGUCAUUAAGGCUUGUUUCAUGUUUGUGUAAACUACCACUCACUGAGGACCACACUUAAGCACAACAGAGUGACCUUUGACAUGUUAUCUUGACACGGGCAGUAAAGUUAUACCCACUCUAAAUUAACUGAACGUACAAAGACAUGGACAGAACAUCAGCAUGCUCAGAAGGGGAAAACAUUUUCCAUAUUUUGUUGGCUGUCUAAAGACUAUAUUUUGUUUAUUUUGUCACCUUUUUUAUGCAUGUGUGGAUGAUAGUGUGUACACUUGUAUGCCUGUGGUUGCUGCUUUUUCUUAGUUUGAUGGAUUGUAAAGAAAGAAUCCUCAGGAUUUAAUUUAAUUUAAUUUGUUGGUCUACAGCCUUUAGUGAAUUAGCAAGAGUGUAAACAAGGGAUAUAUGUGGCAAGUAUAAAGUAUACAAGAAUAAAGUAUAUGAUAUAUGAUAUGUUACAUCAAGAGUAAGCAAGAUCUGAAAGAAUGUAUCCAUGAAAUAUACACUGAUACACAAAGGAUCGAUACAAGGAUGAAUGUCAGAUGUAGGGGAUACAAGCACCAUCCUUGCAAAUUGUUUCCACCACUAGUUAAUAUAAUUUGCCAUGUGUUAGUCUAGAUACAUGGCUCACCAAAACGUAGUAGUUAUAUAGUUUCUUUGAUGCCAGCAGUACUGUAACAUCUUAUGGUGGUGAUCAAGCAAAUACUAGUUACAAUUUUGCACUGCAUUCUUUUGCAUUAAAACAUGUUUUACAGGACUUUAAUUUUUAUUUGAUUUUCUAGAAAGGUUGUUGCAGUGUGUAUCACCUUAGUUGUGAAUACUGUGUGAAGUUCAGCUUAUUUUGUGCAGUAUAUGUAAUAGUCAUCAAGCUAACACAGCAGCCAUAAUUACCUUCUAUUUCUUUUCACUUUUGUUUUCUUGACAUUGGGCUAUCGAUGAUACAUGUUUCAGAUGCACCAGUUUAAAAAACCAAAUUUUUUUGUAUAUGCUCCUUGUAUUUUAUGGCUCGAUAGUUUUUCCAGUAUCAUUAUUCCAUAUAGGUUAACCUAUAUUUCAUAAAAGACAGUAAGGAUAUUGUCUACAAAAGGUAUGGCAAUUGGUAAUAUUCAAGUGACCAUGCUUGCUGUUCUUUUGCAAAUAUGUGAGCAUGCAAAAUCUUACGAGAAUGAAGAGUUUUAUAGCUUUGACCUAACAAAUGGUGGUCAUGCGUUCAUGAGUGAUGCAUAAACAAAUUUAUUACUGUACAGAGUUUGCAUUGGUCUGCAGAUUGCUUUCAAUGUUUUACAAAUAUGUUUAUGAUACAUAUGCAAAAUAUGUUGUAUCUUCCAACUGCAGUCUGUAGAUCACAUUUUGAAGAAGGAUACAGAAUAUUUUGAGUUGUUUGAUAUUGUGCAUUUUGAUAGACAAAAGUUACUUGGUGGACAUCUUGUGAAGUUAUUAGCUAUACCAAAAAAAAUCUGAUAAUAUUAAGAGAGUAUUCUUUAAUUAUGUACUAAACAUUCUUCACUGAAAAUUAAACGUUACAUGAGAACAAAUUUGUGUUCACCUUAGAAAUGUGGUCAUAUAUUUGUGGAUUUUUGUACAAAUGUCUGGAGAUGUGUUAAGAGCCAAACAGGUGUUGGGUGCUGCUUACCUUGAUGUGCUUUAAAUAAAAGAGAAAGGAAGAAAAGAUAACGCACAGCAAUUUUUGCUGCAGGGUUUAGUAGUGCUUGCCUUUUUUGAUUGUCUCAUUGUAUAACUUCUGUUUCUCCACAAGUUGACUUGUCAGAGAACUACCAUUAGCAGGCCGACUUUGUUACCAGCAGAGGAUAAAGCAAGCAAUAAUAAACACAUUCAGUCUCUCCAUGUUUUUCUCUUUACUAAUUAAUCAUCCACAGAGAUGCAUAUUCUGAACUUCAAAGAUUUAUAGAAGAACAUAAGCAGUGGUUCAUACUCAGAACUGUCACUGUUGCUUCUCAAAUUGUUCAAAUAUUCUUGUCUAAAUUAAAUGCUUGGCAGAAAUUCCUUUUUAAUGUGUGCGCAAGAUCAAAUGGAUGUAAAGUUUUUGAACGGCUUUGUUGUGCAUCAGUAAUUUAGAUGUAUUUAUUCCUUGUAAAUCUUUAUUUGUGUGUGCAAUGUCACAAUAUCUGAAAGCUUUGAGCUUAAUGAAUCCUUUUAGCAUUCAUUUGGAACAUGAAGUCUUUGUACUUAGUUUUGAAAGAAGAAACACUUAUUGCUGCUAUUCUGUUUUUGCUUUUAGUAGACAUUAGACAGUCGAAUAUCUAUUAAAUAAUAAUGCACAUCUUGGCAUUGGGAGAGGUUUAUCUAUAAGAGAACCAACUGUUCCCUCCAGUUUGUUUUUUAGUAUUAUUACAAACUACUUUCCUCCAAUUUUGGAAAGCAAAAAUUCUUUAUAGUUGGAUAAACAGAUGUAAAGAAUAGUUAUUGUUACUGAUUGCUAAUGAAGUCAUGUAGCUUUAAAAAUUUUAAGUGCACUGCUUUAGAGAUUCUCAAAUUGAAGUGGAUCAGCGAUGCAGAUUCUUACUUUUUUUCAUCGUUAAAUUUAUACCUCAUUGCCUGUGGGUAUGAAAUAGCAAUUCAAGUAUAUUCAUCAUUGAUCUUUGUUAGGAUAUCAGAGACUUAUUAGAAUGUUUAGCACCAUAAAUGUAGCUUGAAUGUCCAAAGAGUAUUUCAUCUAGUGAAUUUCACAAUAAGAGUGGCCAAAGACUUUAUAUAUCAUCUUUGGCAUGGCAAUCCAGGACUCAGUAAAAGUGUUUUGUCUUUGUGCGUUGUAUAUUGGAGAUAAAAAUACACAGUUAAACAAUUUGUGUUGAAAAUGCAUGGUUUUAAUUGAAAUUUGAAGUAGAAAACUCGGUGAAUAUGUGAACUUCAAGACAGAGA